AUGGCAUCCUCGCCGGCCCUCGGGGGUCGGCCGCUCUUCUGCGUUGGGAACUGGAGGGAGGACGGCCACCGACGGCGAUGGUGGCUCUCUCUCCGGUCGGGAAAGCGGGAAUCGCCUGCCGCGGUGAUCGCGGGGCGGGGCGCCUGCUACGCCUCGGCGGUCCCUUCGCGGACGAGCCUUGGAAAGGGAAGGUGCAGUGAGGAGAGAGACGAUGAGAGCGGCAACCGGGAGGCGGCAUCGUCGGAGAAGCUUGACGAGUGGAUGCGGGAGAGCGUAGUCGAGGUACGUCCGGCGGCGGGAAUUCUAUUAGUUAGACGAUCAAAUGAAUUGAUCAUGGCGGUUCUUCCAUCUCCCGGAAAUUUUUAUUUCUCGCCGACACCGUCUGUCCUCUUUUGCUCGAGCAGAUCGUCCGGAACAUCGGGGAGGCGCCUUUCCUGAUGGCAUGUCUUCUCGAUCGAGGGCUCGGACCGCAACGUCGCCGCGCCGCUGAGGUUGCAGAUGGAGGCCGCCAGCGCGGAGAGCUGGCCGGCCAUCAGACGCAAGUGGGACCGCGGGGCGGCGAGGCCGCCUGACGGUAUCGUCCUGGUGGAGGAGCUCGCGGGGGACGUGGAGAACUCAGACGCACCCGCAGAGGAGAGAGGUUGGUCGAAGACCUGGGGCGUGCCGGUGCAGGCGCGCGGGCAGGAUACGUCGGCGGCGUGCUACAUUCUCAGGACCUGCCGGGUGCCGUCGGCGGCGGGACACAGCACGCAUUUCUGCCUUGCGAGAGCCAAGUGCUUCGGGGAUGCCGACGACGCGCAGCUACGGGAGGUCUGGCUUCUGCGGAGGUCCCAGCAGAAGCAUCAGCGGCGGCGACGGCGGCGGGGGUGGUGA